AUGGAAGCGCUCGCCUCCCAUAUCGUCACCACGUACGCUCUCGAAUACCGAGAUGCGCCCGAGGCAGCGUGCCAGCGUUUCCGCAGCCUCUGGGAGGCACAGAAAGGCUCUCCUGUGCAUGAGAAUAGCGACCUGUGCACUAGGAUCAGCUCACUGGCAACGUCUUUCCGCGACGCAUCUGGGUACAUCAACCAAGGAGGGAAGCUACCGGACGUCUUCCCCAAGCCUGAAGGCAAUCUCUGGAAAGCAUGCAUCGCGGCCGAGCUACCGGUUGUCCUUCUGGACAUGAUACAAGACAAGCACUUUGAGAAGCAACCAUACAUAUUUGUCGAAGCCGUUCUCAUCCUGAACGCUGGUAUCGCGAUGCUUUGGGUAUCGCAUGCUCAUCCCCGUGCGCUUCAAGUAACCAGUGAAAAGUGGCCCGAGCUAUCCCCAACUCUAGCCAAGCGGUACUUUGCGGGACUAUGUCCAACUUGGAAUAAGUUAUGGAGUAUGCGCGAUGACCUACUAUCCCCCGCGAAUACCUUGCAUCCUGGAAGGACGGCAGUCCUCACCGUGUUUGCACACUCUACCGUGGUUCUCCACACGCAUCUAUACAUCGAAUACCGAGACGGCUUGACGAAGAUCAAGAGUGUCGUCGGCAUAGCGCUUGCGGCAUGGACUCACGCUGCCACGUCUCUAGAGCCAUACAAGCAGCUUUACAGCGGUCAACAAUGCUUCCCCUUCCAAGUCGUCCAUCUCUUCAGAGACUCCGUGUUGAUGCUCGCUGCUACCGGAGUCUCCGGCGAUCGCAUCGACAGCAUCUGGCGCAACACUAUCGACAGUGCUGUCGAGGCUGUUGGUCCGUCGAAGCUCAUGGGAGCGAUCCGUACUGCGCUCUCAUCCUGGCCCGUCAUGAUCAACACAAACUUGAGCAGUUGUCUGGAAGCACUGCAGAACAUGGUCGUCUUCUACGGAGACACCGAUGGAGAUAAUCCAGCCGACCUCGCGUUGCCUUCUCGCAAAGCAUACUGGGCAACACCUAUGCUCGAAGCUAUUGCAACAGCAUUGGAGAGGCAGACUGGCGUCAACGACAACACGGCGGAGCCUCCAGAUCUCAGCCCGAAAGCAAACGCGAACUUGUGCGCAGCGAGUUGUUUCCUACUCCAGUUUAGCAGGCAAGGAUUAAGCCUGCGCGACGGGGAUCCGCCGGUCAUCGAUGGCCAAAGCGCGUACAGGAUCCUCUCGCAGUGUCUGCUCAUUCUCAGCGGGAUUCCAGAUGCGAAGAGCCCCGCCGAUCCUCAUAUAGCGCAGAUAGUUACGGCGGCGAUCAAGCAGUUCAACGUGACGUGCGAAAACUGGGCAGAUCUGGCUGACGCCUUCAUGCCGACUCCAGCACAGGCCAUAGCUCUGCGCCAUGUUCUGCAUAGCUUGAAGCUCGCAGCGGGGAAGUCGUGGUACGACGAUCUGCACGCGUUGCGCAGUCACCGCGACCGACUGAGUGGCAUCGGCAACUACCAGCUUCUUGUCAAGUCGUGGUUGCGACUUGGGAAAGCGUUGGGCCUCAAGGAAACGGCUGAACGCGACCAGAGAGAUGCACAGAAUAAACAUCUGUGCUCUUGGAUGAUGUGCCAGUACCAUAUUCAGCCGGCACCUCAAUCCUUAUCGGCAUGCACGGGCUGCGGCGAUGUGCGAUAUUGCUCGAAAGACUGCCAAAAACGGGACUGGAAGCAAGGUGGUCAUCGCACAGCUUGUAGAAGGCUCCAUGCAUGA